AUAUCCUUGGCAAGAAGACAAGACACAGAUACAAUUAAGGUUAAGUCUAUUUACACGUCAAAACUCAAAAUAGGGUGGAUUUUCUGUUUUCCUUAUUGGUUUUCUGCAUUUUGUACCUAAACCAAGUGAAAUAAGCAUCCAAGUGACUGUAAUUGCCGAAAACAUCCAAUCAUUAUUAGAACAAUUUUCAGCAAAAGGCCGAAAUGACCGACUCCAAGUAUUUCACCACCACCAAAAAAGGUGAAAUAUUCGAGUUAAAAUCCGAAUUAAAUAAUGAUAAGAAGGAAAAGAAAAAGGAGGCGGUGAAGAAGGUAAUUGCCUCGAUGACCGUGGGGAAAGACGUAUCCGCUUUAUUUCCUGACGUGGUUAACUGCAUGCAGACCGACAAUUUAGAAUUGAAAAAGUUGGUUUAUCUUUAUUUGAUGAACUAUGCCAAGUCGCAACCAGAUAUGGCGAUUAUGGCGGUGAACACGUUCGUCAAGGAUUGUGAAGAUCCAAAUCCUUUGAUCAGAGCCUUAGCUGUAAGGACUAUGGGUUGCAUCAGAGUAGACAAAAUCACUGAAUAUCUUUGCGAACCACUUCGCAAAUGCCUAAAAGAUGAAGACCCUUACGUGCGGAAAACUGCAGCUGUAUGUGUGGCGAAACUAUAUGAUAUCUCUUCAGGAUUAGUUGAGGAUCAAGGAUUUUUGGAGCAAUUGAAAGAACUGUUGAGCGAUUCUAAUCCGAUGGUGGUGGCAAAUGCAGUUGCUGCUUUGUCUGAAAUUAAUGAAAGCAGCCCUACUGGUCAACCAUUAGUUGAGUUGAGUACUACUACAAUCAACAAACUGCUCACUGCCUUAAAUGAGUGCACGGAAUGGGGACAAGUUUUCAUCCUAGACUCGCUUUCCAACUAUACUCCAAGAGAUGAAAGAGAGGCGCAAAGUAUUUGCGAAAGAAUCACUCCUAGAUUGGCUCAUGCCAAUGCUGCGGUGGUUUUAUCAGCAGUCAAAGUGUUGAUUAAGAUGAUGGAAAUUUUGCAGGGAGAUGUAGAGUUUUGCAACACAUUGAGCAAGAAACUUGCUCCUCCGCUAGUUACCUUACUCAGUUCAGAGCCUGAAGUUCAGUAUGUUGCUUUGAGAAAUAUCAACCUGAUUGUUCAGAAAAAACCGGACAUUCUCAAGCACGAAAUGAAGGUCUUUUUCGUUAAAUAUAACGAUCCUAUUUAUGUGAAACUCGAGAAACUCGACAUAAUGAUCCGCUUGGCGUCUCAAGGAAAUAUUGCUCAAGUGCUGAGUGAAUUGAAAGAAUAUGCAACAGAGGUGGAUGUGGACUUUGUGAGAAAAGCUGUGAGAGCCAUAGGUAGAUGUGCCAUCAAAGUGGAACCAUCUGCAGAGCGUUGUGUGUCAACUCUAUUGGACUUGAUCCAAACGAAAGUGAACUAUGUAGUGCAAGAAGCUAUCGUGGUUAUUAAGGAUAUUUUCAGAAAAUAUCCGAAUAAAUAUGAAAGUAUCAUCAGCACUUUGUGCGAAAACCUCGAUACUCUGGAUGAACCUGAAGCCAGAGCGUCGAUGGUAUGGAUUAUUGGCGAGUACGCGGAAAGAAUUGACAAUGCUGAUGAACUCUUGGACAGUUUCCUCGAAGGUUUUGCUGAUGAAAAUGCUCAAGUGCAACUACAAUUGCUGACUGCUGUGGUUAAGCUGUUUCUCAAGCGACCUCAGCAUACUCAGGGUCUAGUUCAGCAUGUGCUGAGCUUGGCAACACAAGACUCUGAUAAUCCAGAUUUGAGGGACAGAGGAUUCAUCUACUGGCGAUUACUCAGCACUGAUCCAGCAGCAGCAAAAGAAGUCGUUCUGGCCGACAAGCCGCUCAUUUCUGAAGAAACCGACUUACUCGAGCCCACUCUUCUAGACGAACUGAUCUGCCACAUAUCGUCAUUAGCCAGUGUCUAUCACAAGCCACCUACUGCUUUUGUCGAAGGCAGAAGUGCAGGUAUCAGGAAAACGCUUCCAGUCCGCCAAGGCUCAGAUGAGACUGUAGCCCCCGAAGCCACAGUGAUUCCCAACCAAGAAAGCCUGAUCGGCGAUCUGCUUUCAAUGGAUCUGGGAGGGACAGCAGCUCCUCCUCCGGUUCCUGCAGCUGCUCCAACCAGCAACGUGGAUUUAUUGGGCGGCGGCCUAGAUGUGCUGUUGGGGACAGGUCCUGACAUUACGGGGGGCGCAGCUCCUUCAACCACCGGUCUUUUGGGCGAUAUUUUCGGAAUUACUACCACUCCCACCAUGUAUACACCGCCCAAGGCUCUUUGGUUACCAGCAGAUAAGGGCAAAGGGUUGGUAAUUCAAGGAACAUUCGCCCGACGUUCAGGGCAGAUUUACAUGGAAUUGAAUUUGACCAAUAAAGCCAUGCAGGCUAUGGUAGGAUUUGCUAUCCAAUUCAACAAGAACAGCUUUGGGCUGUCGCCCUCGGUUCCAAUGAACGUUUCAGCUUUGCAGCCCGGGCAAAGCUUGGAGUACAGUUUGCCUUUGGGCACCACUGGCCCAGUGCAGAGGAUGGAACCGCUUACCACGUUGCAGGUGGCAAUAAAAAACAACGUGGACGUGUUCUACUACGCGUGCCAAAUCCCUAUCCAGAUUCUGUUUAUUGAAGAUGGAACAUUGGACAAACGGGUAUUUUUGACUACUUGGAGAGACAUCCCAUCUGCGAAUGAAGUUCAAUACACCUUGAAUGACAUUAAAGGAACAACCGAUUCGAUCUCCAACAAAAUGACCUUAAACAACAUUUUCACGAUAGCAAAGCGCAACGUCGAAGGGCAAGAUAUGCUCUAUCAAUCGCUGAAACUCACCAAUAACAUUUGGGUUUUAUUGGAGCUGAAACUGACUCCAGGUUUAACUUAUGCGACCCUAAGCUUGAAGUCCAGAUCUGUUGAAGUGGCUCCAUACGUUUUCCAAGCUUAUGAUAUGAUUUGCAAAAACUAAGCUGCCCAGUUCAUCUAAAGAGUGGCAUUUUAUUGAAGUUAUUAAGCUGCUUUUAGGUCACGAAGUAGUUAAAUAUAACAUGCAUAAAUAUUAUAGGUAAGGAGCAUUGUUGCGCAUAAUUAUUGUGUAGAUUUUAGUUGUUUUUACAUUAGAUGUUACAUUAGAUGGGGUGGGAUUCAAGUGGCAAGAGCUUAUUUGGAAGAAAAUAACAGAAAAAUACGUAUGAAUAUGCUUCGUUUCUCGGACACUGGGUGUGGGAGUGGUUGGAAAAUCACAACGGUUUUUUUGGUCAAUGCUAGUGCUCUUCAUUUUUUCAGUCAAAUUUUUUAAAAGUAGCGAAAUUGACUGUUUUUAAAAAUACGGUUUUAUUUCUGAGAAAUUGAAGCUUUGCCCACACAUUCUCAUAAGAGAGGUUGCUAUUUUGUAAGAUAGAUAUCUACCGAGAGCUUUUGCCGUAUGAAUCCAAUACUGAACACCCCGCACAUUAUUUAACGUGCGAUAACAUUCCUAUUUAGCUGAAUUAUAGAUGUUUGCAAAUGAAUAUUAAAGGCACCAAACAUUAAA